AUGCCAUCCGAUUCUUCGAGCUCUUCAUCCGACGGUGUUCUUAACGAUAUGGUUAUCGCAAUUACACAGGAGGCGAUUAAUUAUUUGCGAGAAGAAGCCAAAUCCUCUACAUCACGUACCAGACAACCGGCUCUUGAACGAGAUCGGUUAGGUGCUCAUGAACGUCUAGUGCAAGAUUAUUUUUGUGAAAAUCCGUUGUACGAUGAUAUUCAGUUUAAGCGUAGGUUUCGUAUGAGUUGUCGUCUUUUCAUUAAAAUUUCUAAAGAUCUUGCGGGCGAAUUCCCUUUUUUCACGCAAAGAGAAAGUGCUAGUCACAAAAUUGGUUUCUCUGGAAUACAAAAGUGUACAACAGCAAUUAGGCAACUAGCGUACGGCACAGCGAGUGAUGCGUGGGAUGAAUAUUUAAGGAUGUCGUUAAGAAUGUGUCGUGAUUCUCUGAUUCUCUUGAAAAUUUCUGUGAAGGUGUUAUCUCUCUGUACGGGAGACGAUAUUUGA